AUGGAUGACCAUGACCCAGAGAGGAACACUGUUCCUGUGCAUAAUGAGCCCCCUCCACUUCCAUAUUCGUUACAUACACGGAAGAAGUCGAUCGCUUUCUUCUGGACUAUAUUUGUGCUCGAUACGCUAGGCCAGCCGGUCGGCCUAUAUUGGGGACUAUGGUACGGCACCGACUUGUCGCAUAAUUUGGUGUUUUCCAUUGUCACCGCUUGUUUGGGAGGUAUCUCAGUUUUUGAAUACUUCUAUCGUCUAUACAACCUCUUCCGCAAGAACUCGUGCGCCCGACCGUUAAAUUCGCAGAAAUCUCGGCUGGACUUUUUUCACAUCAACUUCACGAUUGUAUGGCUCAUCUUGGCCGUCGAGUUGAUUGUCGGAACCGUUCCUCAAGAACCAUAUGUGCGCCUCGUCGCCAUGGUCCUCCCAUCCGUCAUGUUCUACUUCGGCAUCGUCCACCUCUCCCUCGACAUCCUUCGCAUGGCCGGCCACAAAGCUCCUUUCCGCAUAUCCUCCACACCUAAAGGCUCCCCCAUGCCAACGGCCCUAUACGCCCUCAUCGAAGAUGUCGUCGCAGUCGACGGCGGAGGUGGCCAAAUCUACCGCUAUGCCCUCCGAACCCGUUACCUAUCCAGUCCAUAUUUCCGACGCAUGCUUUUCGAAAUGAACUGUUUCUGGAGCGGUGGCUCGAUCAUUUGCGCAGCCGCCAUCACCGCUAUCAUCUUCACUGUCUCAGAACCCGUGGCAUUCACUCUCGGCUGGACCCUUCCAUUUGCCUGGGCUUUGGUAUGGACUGCCAUUACCAUCCCCUGGGUCAAGGGCGAUCUACGCCGUGAGAAGAAGGCAUGGGCCGAGAACAGAGGCCAAGGUAGAGGCCAAGGUGGAAUCCCUUGGGUGGACGAUAUUGAUGCGCCUACUCGGACGCGUUUUACUUCUGUCCAGGAACGUCUGCCGAACCUCUUGCCUUGGGUUCGCGAGAAACAAAGCGCGCCGUCAACGCCUUCUGUUGAUGGUGCGAAGGAUGGUGCUCAGGAGACUGGGCACAUUGAUGGCGCUCCUGAAGUCCCUCCUAAUGGACAUGGACCUGAACAUAUUCUUCUUAGCAGUGAGGCUACCGAGGGUACAACGAAUGGCACGACUCACGACGAAAAAUCCCAAUUGCCCGAAGCAGAUACAACUCGUGAGGCAAAUACUUCGACUGCUGCUUCCACUGGUGACCAGCCAAAUAACCAUUGA